AUGCAUUUCACAAGUAAAGGUUAUCGACUCAACAACGCUUCAACUGGUAAAAUUCAGAUAUCAAAAGACGUGUUAUUUGAUGAAAGCUCAUUUCAUCGACCAAAGAAAUCCACCAUCGUAUUACAUGGAUAUGAUAAAGAUAUUGUGACCGAAAAACUCAAUGAUGAACUAUUAGAAGGCAACGAAGAACAUGAAGUCGAUGAAGAAAUGGAAGAUAGUUCCAGCAACAAAGAUGUUUCCAUGAACGUUAACCAUUCAAAAUCUGAUGGAAAAAACGUCGAUGUAAACGAUGUUUACAUGACUCAUAUGAAACGUCUUAAUGAGGAUGUUUGCGAAUGGAUCAAAAAGCACAUCUCUCAAAAUCCUUAUGUUGAUCUAUCGCCAGUUUUUAAAGACCAUGAGAAACAUUUAUCAACUCUUGAGAAGAAAUAUCGCUCAUAUUCUGUGGAUGACUGCGAUAAUAAAACUAUGGCUACUGCUUUUACAUUUCCAACGUCAAUUUCUACUGCAGCGUCUGUAAAUUCUUCUGUCUUCACUUCAACAUAUGGAUCGAGCAAUCUAAGUCCGGCAACAUCAAUACCAUCAGUCAAUAAUACGACAGAACCUGAGGACGAACCGAAAACACAAAGUCAAAUCAAGAGUUUGCGAGAAGAAGAUGCUUUUUUCUCACUUCGUUGCAAACUCUUCUUUAAAAAGACAGAUGAUUGGUCUGAACUUGGUGUAGGAAUGUUAAGCUUAAAGAAAAUUGAUGAAAAGAUUCAGGUGAUAAUACGUAAUGAUACUGCCUUGGGUAAGAUUAUUCUUAACGUCAUCAUUAAUGAAUCUACACCCAUGUCAAGAUCGGGGAAAAAUAAUGUGUUGCUUCUAAGCGUGCCAAACCCGCCCGUAUUUAGUAAUCCAAGCGAUAAUUCCAAGCCUGUCAGUUAUUUAAUCAGGGUAAAAAGUGCAGAAAAUGCCGAAGAACUUCUCACGAAAAUGAAGCCAUUGUAAACGUGUGCUGAUUACGGAAAUAUGUGGUUGAUCAUGUCAUCAAGUUCAGUAGAGAAGUACUUGACAGAGUCGUGGGGAUGAUUUUAUCGAUUCUUAAUGAAGGGAUGAUUAGUAAAGAAAGAUGUGUAGCUACCUGGUAGCUGCUUGGUGAAGUUUUGUAGAAUACACAGGGUUUUUAAAAAAGUGAUAAUAUCUUAUUGUAAGAUUAAAUGGCA